AAAUGGCGGGGGGCAAGCCGGGCGCGGGGGCUGCGACUCCCCAAUUGGUGCGCGACAAGCGGUUGGUGUGCGUCGAGUAUCCCGGCGUGGUGCGGAACGAGGACAAGAUGCUGCAGACUCUGGGGGGCGAAGAGGGAGUCUCUCGGGUCUACGCUGACCCUAACAGAAGGCUUGAGCUCUACUUCCGCCCCAAGGACCCCUACUGCCACCCCGUGUGCGCCAACCGCUUCCCUACGUCUUCCAUGCUGCUUAAAGUGAGAAGGACCACUAGGAGGAAGCGGACAGAAGCCGGAGAGUCUGAGCAAGACGUCCAGUUUGAAGUAGAGAUUCUCGGGAUUGUCAACACCGUCUAUAAGUUUCAAGGUAAUAAUUGUGGUGUGACCUGUCUGCUGCAGGGGGCCUGUGUGAACUUGUGA